AUGGAGAAGAAAAGAUGGGAUUGCACUGCACUCCCCAAGGGCUGGAAAAUGGAAGAAGUGACCAGAAAGUCGGGUUUGUCCGCCGGAAAAAGCGACGUCUAUUAUUUUAGAAUUGUGUUCUCCUUUAGCAGAGGAGACGAGCCAGAUGAGGAACAGAGGCAAGAAAGGGGGGAGGCGGGUCGGUUGUAUAGUUUGUGUCCAUCUGGGAAGAAGUUCCGGAGCAAGCCUCAGUUGGCUCGAUACCUCGGCAACCAAAUGGACCUGAGCUCCUUCGACUUCCGUACGGGGAAGAUGCUAAUGAGCAAACUGAACAAGAACCGGCAGAGGAUGCGCUACGAUAAUAACAACCAGAACAAGGGCAAACCAGACUUGAACACUUCACUUCCAGUCAGACAGACGGCCUCCAUUUUUAAACAGCCCGUUACCAAGGUUACCAACCACCCCAGCAACAAAGUCAAGAUGGAUCCACAAAAGGCAGUGGACCAGCCCCGUCAGCUGUUCUGGGAAAAGAAACUAAGUGGCCUGAAUGCUUACGACAUUGCGGAAGAGUUGGUGAAAACAAUGGAGCUGCCCAAAGGUCUCCAAGGCGUCGGUCCCGGCUGCACAGACAAGACGCUUCUGUCCGCCAUCGCCAGUGCACUCCACACCAGCGCCGCCCCCAUCACCGGCCAGCUGUCGGCCGCCGUAGAAAAGAACCCGGGCGUGUGGCUCAACACUACGCAGCCCCUCUGCAAGGCUUUCAUCGUCACCGACGAGGACAUAAGGAAACAGGAAGAGCUGGUGUACAGCGUGCGGAAGCGUCUGGAGGAGGCGCUCAUGGCUGACAUGUUAGCACACGUAGAGGAGGCUGCGGCCGGUGAAAGCGACGCCAUCAAGGACGAAGGAAACGGCAGCGAGGACAUGGAAAGCGUAUAG